CCGGUAUAAGAAGCUUGCGGGGACCCGGUGAGGCGAUCGCUUUGGGCCGGGGCGCUCUAGUGCGACCAUGGACCGGAGAAAAAAGCCCUUGGACGUUACGGCGUCCUCGUUGGUAGACCUUAAGGCUGAACUCUUCCGAAAACAAGAAGAAUUCAAACAAGAGAAACUUCUAAAAGAUGCUGGAGUUUUGGGGAAACCAAAACCAACUACUAAGAAACCAAGUAUCUGGAGCAGACAAAACGCAGGAGUUUCUAAUCGAGCUGAGAAGGAUGCUGAACAGAAGAUUGAGGAACAGAAGACUUUGGACAAAGCGAGGGAGAAAUUGGAAGAAAAAGCCAAAUUAUAUGAAAAAAUGACUAAAGGAGACUUUAUAGAUGAAGAAGUGGAGGAUAUGUACCUUGUGGAUUUCACACAGAAGAUCAUAGACAAACACAGAGAAAUGGAAGAGAUUGGUGCCAGUAGAGAUCAUAGAAGGACAGAAAGAGACGAUGAUGAAGAAACUGUUUCUGAAAAAGAUAUCCCUCCUCCCCAGGACCCCAGUGAAGAAUGGGUGGAUUACGUGGAUUCUUUAGGGCGAUCCCGGCGCUGUAUGAGAAAGGAUUUGCCACAUCUGCUGGAAAUGGAUAAAAAUCUUCAGGGGAGGCUUUUCGUUAGUCCUGCAAAUGAAAAAACCUUACUAUCUGAAGAUAUGAGAAAAGAACUCCAGCGCCAGCAAUGGGAGGAAGAAGAGAGGGAGUCCCUGAGAAGACCAAUGGGGCCCGUACAUUACGAAGACAUUCGUGAAAAUGAGGCCCGGCAACUUGGUGUUGGAUACUUUGCCUUUGCCCGAGAUAAAGAGUUGAGAAACAAGCAGAUGAAAACUUUAGAAAUGCUGCGUGAGCAGACAACAGAUCAGAGAACAAAACGAGAAAAUAUAAAGGAAAAGAGAAAGGCUAUGUUAGAAGCAAGACUUGCCAAGCUCCGACAGAAAAAGAUGAAAAAAUCUAAAGAGGAUGGAGCAGAGGAAGAAGAUAGAGAUGGAGAUGUUAUUGGGCCAUUGCCACCAGAACCAGAGGUCAUGCCAGCUCCUCAUACAGCUGCCCAGAGUAGCAAAGUCGAAGUCAUCGUUCAGGAGAGGAAGGAUACCCGGCCUGGGGUGCCGCACGUCCGGGAGUGGGACAGAGGAAAAGGUUUUUAUCGAGAGACCACAAGCAGGUCUUCCACCCUCAGAUCUCUGACUGCAAAAGCAGGUGCCAACCCCCUGGACAUUACAAGGCGCUUCGUGGAGGCCAGCCAGCUUCUCCACCUCAGUGCCAAGGAGAUGGCUCUCGACUGCCUCAUCGGCACCAUCGGGAGAAGUGGUUGCAGUGUCGGACAGAUGGGGAAAGAUUCCUCCACAAACAUCCCAGCCGUGGGAGUGAACUCACCUUACCAGCUUGUCUACGAGUCCUCUACUGGCUGUCUGAGCUUUUCCCUCUCAACCGGAAGGGAAGUCAAGAAGAAAACAGGCAAGCCCAAAAAUUUGGAAGAAGUAGUCUUGACCUCCCCACAACGAGGAGCGGGAACCUCUGCCUCUGAGGUUAUCGAGUUCAGCGACCCCUGCCCUGAAGCCCGGGAGAAGCUGCAGGAGAUGUGUCGCCUUAUAGAAGCCGAAAGGGUCUCGUGGAAAGGGAGGAAUAUCUUGUACCCCAUGAUCUUACGCAACUACAGGGCAAAGAUGCCCGCUCAUCUAAUGUCGACCCCCAAAGGGGAUGCUCAGACCCCAAGCUCCUGCCGUCCGCACCCUCCAGGUGCACAGACUUCCACUCCCACCCCUCACCAACCUCCUGCCCAUCAUCUUCACUUGGGCCGGCAUUCUCAGGAGUGGAAGGCACCCAAGAAGGCCAUCAAGUUGCAUUACACCUUCUGUGAUGGGUCCUCCUUCAUUUACUAUCCCUCCGGAAACAUCGCCGUGUGUCAGAUCCCCACGUGCUGCAGAGGGAGAGCCAUCACCUGCCUCUUUAAUGACACACCCAGCUUCUCCUUCCUGGCCAUGUUCAAUGCUGAAGGCCAGGGCUGCGUUCAGUACAACCUGAAGAGCUGCUGCCCAUACGUCUUGGUGUUGGAUGAGGAAGGUGGGACCACCAAUGACUACAAGGGCUAUGUAGUCCACAAGUGGAGCUGGACCUCCAAGACGGAGACUUUGCUCUCCCUGGAAUACAAGGUGAAUGAGCAAAUGAAGCUGACGGUGCUAGGGCAGGAUUCUAUCAUGGUCACCUUUACCUCCCUGAAUGAGACAGUAACACUCGCUGUAUCGGCCAACAACUGUCCCCACGGGACAUCGCACGAUAAACGGGUGACCCACAGAAUCAGCAGCAUGGAUGAAAAGAUGUCUAAGAUGAGUCGGGCCCUGGCAGAGAUCAAGAGACGGUUUCAGAAGACAGUGUCCCAGUUCAUGAACUCCGUCCUUCUGGCGGCAGGCCUGUUCACCGUGGAAUAUCCGGUAAAGGAGGAGGCAGAAAUCAUUCGGACCGGAUUAAGGUCCGGGCCCUCUCCCGAGCACGCCACCAAGCUGAGUUUAUACUCAGGAGAAAUCCUUUUAUUACGAUCUCAGUCAGCCCGACCCGAAUCCUCAAUGGGAGAGUCUUCGAAGGAGGAGCCUGUGUUGGCUCCUUUGAGCCCCACUCGGAAGAAGCCCAUCAAGGUCCAGGCCAAGGCCACGGUCACACCCAGAGGGAAGGCUGGAGAGGUUCACAGUCCCACCAGGUGGGCAACCUCACCCUCCGACUGCCCACUGGUGCUGCGAAAGCUCAUUUGCAAGGAAGACGUCCGGGCCGGCUGCAGGUGCAUGGUGAGGGCACCCCUGGUGUCCGACCUGGAGCUGGAGCACUUCCUGUCAGCACCCCGAGACCCCAGCCAGGUGCUGGUGUUCGGGAUCGUGUCGGGCCAGAACUCCACCAGGUCGGGGCAGCUCCAGUGGCUGCUGGACACACUCUACAGUCACCGGCAGCAGGGCCGUGCCUCCCCCUGCAUCCAGUGCCGGCACGACCCCUACCGCCUGCUGCAGUACAACCUGGACAGCCCCCUGCAGAGGGACCCUCCCCUGCUGGUGAAGAAGUACGCUGUGAUGGAGGGGAUGGUUCUGAUGUUCGCUGGGGGAAAGCUCCUUUUCGGGGGCUGCGUUUUGAAUGGAUAUGGCUUCAGCAGGCAGAAUCUGCUGAAACAGAUCUUCCAGGCUCGACAGAACUGCAAGAUGGGCUACUUCCUGCCUGAGAACUACAAAUUUAGCCUCCCCUGCAGCGUUUCAGCCUCCACCCCAGGCCUGGAGGACCCUGACUCGGCCAAGACAGCGGUGUUGGGAGACAUCCAAGGAAGCCUUUCCUCGUUGGCCUUGGGGAACAAGAUGGAGGAGCCCUCCGCUGAAGCUGAGAAGAAACUGGUACAGCCUGAAGUGGAUCUGCAUCCUCUUAGCAGAGCCAGGAGGAGCAGUAAGAAAGUAAGCACCUGGAAGAAACAGGCCUCCAAGAAGUGAUGCCACCCCACAGCCACCCGGAGUGCGGCCUGGCCGUGGCCCCUCCCAAGCCCAUCCUGGGCCCCCCAGCCCUGCCUCUCCAGCCUCCCACCCCUUCUCUGAACUCUGUCUAAUAAACAAGCGUGCCUCCAGCAUCUGGGUGAGGCCGUGGGAUGGGCUGGCUCCUGCAAGGCCAAAGGCCCUGACAGCCCUGUUCCAGGCCGAGGCCUUAGAAACGCGGUGCUUCCUCUGUGGCCAGUGAAGUCAGCGCAAGAAUCUCCCAAGGAAACGAAGGUCUUCGAGGGACCAAGCCAAUGACGCAUUAACCCUGGGGAGGUCGUGGAUGGGACUGAACUGUGCCCUUCUGCCCUUUGCUCGGGGGGGAAGGGCUCAGAUUCUGGCCCAGGUGGAAAACAGGGUGAGAGGGAGAAGAGGGAGCAGAGAGACAGAGAGAAAGCCAGGCGGGUGGGAGAAGAAACGGAGAGUUGG